AUGGACAAUGCCCCCCGAGGUCGCUGCGGCGAGGAAGGAUGCCGUGAGAAGCGAUUCUAUCUCGAUAACGGCCUUUGGUUCUGCCGCCGCGGUCAUUUGCAACAGGGUUUCCAACAAGUCGCACACGAUGAAGCUGAUUUCGGAAUCCAGCUUGAGGGAAAGAUUCACCGAGUCAAGACGGAGAAGCACGAGAUCGAAUCACAGAAAUUUCGAGGUCGGAGAGCGGCUACUCUAUUUCUACAGGCCUUUCAAUUGAUUCUCUGGAAGCAAUGCCAUGCAUUGGUCAAGGACCAUGGAUUCCCAGAACAACUAGAGACCAUCGUUCGAGAUCUCUGGGCUCUCCGUUUGCGGGGCUAUAACAGGAGAAUAAUCGACAAGCCAGGCUUUGAUGACGAUAAUGAUGAUGAUUACGAUGACGAUGAGCCACGGCUCUUUAGCUCUCAGCCGUCGUCAGCAGACUCAGGCAACGAAAGCAGUGACGAGGAGUUGUGGUUCAAGCCAGAGGACAAACCGCUGAUGUGGCCCCGAGUAAUGGACGGUGUCGGUCUUUGCUACAUGGCAGCCAUCCUCAUGCGCUUGCCCAUUUGCGUUGUUGAUUUCCAUCGGUUGAUCGUCCGCCAGGAGAUUCCCUAUGUCAGAGCGAUCAGACAUGUUCCCAACGAGAUGCGCAAUCACCUUCCUAAGAUGUUUUUCAGAAUUCUUGACCAUACUCAUAUCCCAUCGCCCGAGCGUUUUCAUUGGAACUUUAUAGCGCAGGCUGCUUUAUUCCGCAACAAUUUUGGUAUUCAACUGCCGCCGUUGAACUCGCCUCUGGUCCUCUACCGACACAUCAAGAGAUUGGCCGUUCCCAUCGAUAUUUUUGAUACGGUCAAGACACUGCAGAGUAUCGUUGGUUUCAAGUAUGAAUAUCCUGAUUGGAAUCGAGAAACUCGUGAAAAACAAAUCUUGCACUUACCUGAACUGCAAAUUGUCGUUCUGAUCGUCAUCGCUACUAAACUAUUAUUCCCGUUCGAUGGCUUGAAAAGAAGCCCUGGCACAACAAAAGAGCCCGCUGCUCAGGUCAUAAACUGGGACCAAUGGGCAAAAGCCCAGCGAAACUUCAGGGAACACGAAGGGACUGGAUCUCGAGUUGGAGCAGAAAAAAUCAUUGACAUUACUGACAAGGACAUACCGAACAUGAACGUCGGUGAACUUGAUCAGUAUAUGGAUUGGUAUGAGAAGAAGUGGCUAGAUAACGUCCAAACGACCAAUCCAAUCGCCGAUAUGUUCUCUCCAAGUCGACCAGAAGCCACACAUCAGCCGAACGUUGGUUCUGAGCCCAGCUCGGGCGCAGGAUUGGGUCCUGACGAGGCACUUAGUGCAUUGAUAAAGUCAGUCAUGGUAGACAUCAAGGCCCCUUCGGUCAAGCCCGGCAAAAAAGACAUGCGGCCAGGUUCCCGGUAUGUUCGAUACCGGUUUGAAUCUCAACUCCCAGAUGCAGCGCGAGUUCUAUACGAAGUUGCGGCUCGGCUUGCUUCUGUGUCAUUGAAAUCGAUGAUUACCGCCGUUGCGUCGGUCGAAUCCAGAAUAUCAACCAAGAUUGAGAAUAAGCAGCUCAGACAAAACGAGAUUGGGGAAGAGGAAGAAGAAGAGGAAGAAGAAGGAGAGGAGGAGGAGGAGGAGGAGGAAGAGGAGGGAGUCGGGGGAGAGCAAGAAGAUGCCACCGUUGCUUCGUAA